GGACCACGUGACGUCGACCACGUGACUUGGACCACCCGCACACGCCGCAGACUUGCAGCGGCACAAGGACGAGGUGCAGGCGGACUGGACCAUGGCGCGGGCUGCGGAGAGGAUCCGAUUGACCAUGGGUCACCUUGCUCGGUCCCCGGCUGUGGUUGCUGCACCAACUUCCUGUCAAACCCUCAACUCUCCCCCUCACAAACUCAGAUACACGCUGGGUGAAAAUGAGCUGCUGAGCGCAGAAGAGCGACUCUUCUACGAGCAAAAUGGCUUCUUUGUGGUGAAGAAGCUGGUGUCCGCUGAGGACGUGGACUUGUUCCGGAAGGAGUUUGAGCGCAUUUGUCAGCAGGAAGUCAAGGUCCCCGGUCUGGUGGUGAUGAGAGACGUCGCCAUCGCCAAGUCCGAGUUUGUUCCGGAUCAGAGAGCCGUGUCCAAACUCCAGGACUUUCAGGAGGAUCCUGAACUUUUCCGCUACUGCACCUUGCCACAGGUCCUGAAGUAUGUGGAGUGCUUCAUCGGACCGGACAUCAUGGCCAUGCACACCAUGCUGAUCAACAAACCUCCAGAUGCAGGUAAGAAAACCUCCCGCCACCCCAUGCACCAGGACCUGCACUACUUCCCCUUCAGACCCGCCGACCGCAUAGUCUGCGCCUGGACUGCCUUGGAGCGGGUGAACCGGCAGAAUGGCUGCCUGGUGGUCCUGCCAGGAACACACACGGGCACGCUGAAGGAGCACGACUACCCGGACUGGCAGGGUGGUGUGAACAAGAUGUACCACGGAGUGCGGGACUCCACCCUCCAACACCAGCGUGUGCACCUGCAGAUGGAGAAGGGCGACACCGUCUUUUUCCACCCGUUGCUCAUCCACGGUUCUGGCAUGAACCAGACCCAAGGCUUCCGGAAGGCCAUCUCUUGCCACUACGCCAGCUCUGACUGCUACUACAUCGACGUGAAGGGAACCACGCAGGAGAACAUCCAGGACGAAGUCAAGGAGCUGGCGGCCAAGAAAUACCCAAUGGCCGCCAACAUCUCCUUCCAGGACACCUGGGCCUUCAGAGGCCGCCUGGUGCAGGGGGAGAGACGCUCACUUUAAUGUGGCCUGAAGAGGACUGAGUCAGAUGCACAUUCUCUAGCAUCAGUCCAUACUGACACUGUACAGGAAGCUGUCUUUAAAUACAUAUAAACAUACAUAUAUACCUAAUAUACACACAUACCUAAUAUACAUACAUACCUAAUAUACACACACCUAAUAUACAUACAUACAUAAUAUACAUACAUACCUAACAUACAUACAUACAUACAUACAUAAUAUACAUACAUACCUAACAUACAUACAUACAUAAUAUACAUACAUACCUACAUACAUAAUAUACAUACAUACAUACAUACACGUGUAUACAUGCAUCUCUCUGUCUCACACACACACAUAAAUGUGUAUACAAGUAUCACUCUCUCUCUCUCACACAUGCACGCACACACGCGCACACACACACACACGCGCGCACACCACACACACACACACACACACACACACACACACACACACACACACACACACACACACACCCACCCACCCAGGACCCUGGAUUUACGAACAUAAUUGGUUCUUUAAGGGGGUUUGUAAACCAAAGAUUGUAAAAUAAAGCAAAUUUCUCCAAAAGAAACAACAAAGUAAAUAUGAAAAAUGGUUUCCAGCCUGGACAAAAGUCCAUAUUUUAGUGAAGUUUGUCAAGCUUGGACUGUGGAUGUUUGUGCUUCCUCGAUGCAAGGAUGAUGUGUGGCGAGUCAGGCAUGAAUGUAAGUACAUGGUUUAUUUAAUAAACAACAAAAAGCGCUCACAAUGGAGGAAGAAACUUGGCUAAACAGUACAAACGUGAAACAAAAACACCUGCUCAAGGGCAUAAAAGACAAUUGAACUAUAAACUUAAACAGCACGAUGGCGAGACUAAAGACAUGAAACAAAACUAGCACUGUGGCAUAAAUAUAUAAACUUACUCGGCAUGGAACUGUGGACAGGACGUAAAGGUUUGGAGAGCAUGGGUAGGGUGCGUGAGUGUGAAGAUCCCAGGACGAAGACAAGAAAAAGAGUGACUUAAAUAGCUGUGAUGAUUAGUGAAAACAGGUGAGGCUGAGAACAGGGACGUGACAGGUGACAACUAAUGAGGUUGGCAUGGAAACAAAACCAGGAAGUGCAAAACGUGACUGAUUGUCCAAAAUCAAAAACCUAACAUGAUCCACAGGUGUGACAAAGUUUUGACCACUUAACUCACAAUACAAAGUGCUGUACUGUA